AUGUAUCAAACGAUUCCUUACUCCCCCGGGGGCACCGCCUCUGUUUAACACCUUUGCACCCUUCCUCAACCACUUGAGACCCAAGCUCCCAUCUCAGUCGCGAGAACCAUGAUUUUCUGCGUGGAGCGUUUUAGGGGAGCGAUUGUACAUCUCAACCUCGACAAACCGCUUGAUUCUUAAAGUUGAGGUGAGCGGUCACAUAUCAGCCAUCUAUGUUGUUGUAGUUCGUCCAUUUCUUGGAGUCAGAUGUGGACAAGGACUAUCUUUGCCCUAACGUUUUCCAUUUUCUUGGAGUCAGAUUUCCUAACCUGCAAGAUUCAGUGGACAGGGUCUAUGUUGGGAUUCACAUUUCGGGAUUCAGAGACUUCCUGUUGAAACCAGAUCUUAUUUGAGCCAUUGGGGACUCAGGAUUUGAACAUUCAUCGGAAGGCAAAAUCUUUUCAUAAUAUCUCGGAAUGAGCCGAUUACAAGGGCCCUCGCCCCUGAAGCGCAAACGGCCAGACUCAAAUACACCUUCUGGGUCUUUGACCGAACAUGAACGUCUCCUCUAUGAUCUGAUCCGAAGCAAGCAAGACAUGGCAAUAUGGACAAGGGACAUGAAACGAGAAACAAACCUUCCUGACAAUGUGGUUACCAAAUCCCUCAAGUCACUUCAAACCAAGAAAUUGAUAAAAGAGGUAGUGAACAUCCAAAAUAAAGGCAGGAAACACUAUAUUGCGACAGAGUUUGAACCAUCAAUGGAAAUAACUGGUGGGACUUGGUAUGCCGAGGGGAACCUUGAUACGGAGUUUAUAAACUUUCUGAAAAAACACUGUGUAAAGAUCAUUUAUGAGCAGAAAGUCACUACACUGGAGGGAAUCUUGGACACAAUCAGAAGGAGUAGAGCCUUCAAUGUUGAGUUCACAUCACAACAAGUUGAAGAGAUAGUGAAUUCUUUGGUUUUGGACAAUGAGAUAAUGGAGGUGAAGAGCAAUGGAAUAGGGGAGUUUGAUUCUAUUCCUGUUGGGAGAGUUUGUUAUACAUGCGCAAGCAAAGGCAAUAAUGGGGAACCGAAGAUUGGGGCCAUGGCUUCCAUUCCAUGUGGAGUUUGUCCACAGAUAAGUUUAUGUACACCGGAUGGCAUAAUUUCCCCGAAGACUUGUGUCUACUUCACCAAAUGGUUGGACUUCUAAAUAUAUCACUGCAGAGUUUCUGA